AUGCCAGAGCAACUGACCCACGAGGAGGUGCAGAAGGGCCAGGAUCCAUCGGUCGUCAAGCAGUACGAUGACAAGACCGGCACUGAGGAGAAGUUCGAGGAUCUUUACAAGAUUGCCGAUGGCCAGAAGAUUGGCAUGCUAGGCACAUACCGUAAUGGCAUCGGCCCAGUAUCCCGCUCCAUGGCAGUCGCCAAGCGUACAGGCCCGGACUUCCUUUUUCUCGCCAACGCCAACAGCAAGAAGUUCGCGGACCUCGAGAAGAAUGUGGAGUGUCAGGUCAUCUUCCAGAACAGCACAACUCAAGAUUGGAUCUGCGUGACUGGUGAGGCGGCCACGACCAGCAACUCAGACCCUCGCAUCAAGGAGGUGUGGAGCAAGCAGGCCUCGAUCUGGUUCGGUGACUUGGGGGAUGGCAAGCACACUGGUGGGCCUGAGGAUCCCAGAAUGUCGCUUAUUGAGGUCAAGGCGAAGUACAUCUCCUACUGGAAGCACGAAGUCAGCGCUCUUGGCUUCAUGGCAGAGACUGCCACAGCACAGUUGACGGGACGCGUGGCGCAGACCGGCACGCUGAGGGAAAUGCAUGAGGAUGAGAUCAAGACUGCGAGGAGCAAGCACAGCACUAUGAGCUCGUAA